UAGUUCCCGUCUUAAUACCUAACUGUUGGUUGACUCCUCUUACUUUUUCACCUCUAAACAUCCCUCCCCUCGGCAAAUGGAGCACAGCGAGAUGUCUUGCGUGUAAAUCAUCUCUGUGUAACACAUGUCUCCAGUGUAAUUUGGUUGCCUGGGGCAUUUUUAUCUCUUUUUAUCCGAGUUCAAGAUCUCUCUUACCUAAUUUAAGGCUUUUGAAGUCUCCCCUGCUAGCAGAAUGUCAAGCAGGCAGAUCUGUGCUUUGUUGGCUGGACUGGUGGGACUAGGGGCCAUCACCGGCGCUACCGUCUCCAACGAGUGGAAGAGCACCAGCCGGGCCUCCUCGGUCAUCACGGCCACCUGGGUGUUCCAGGGCUUGUGGAUGAGCUGCGGUGGGAACGCCAUCGGAGCCGUGCACUGCAGGCCUCACCUCACCAUCUUCAAACUGGAAGGUUACAUCCAGGCGUGCCGGGGUCUGAUGAUCUCUGCUAUCAUUCUGGGCUUCUUUGGCUCCAUCUUUGCUCUGAUUGGUAUGAAAUGCACCCGCAUCGGUGGAACUGACCAGGUCAAGGCCCGGAUAGCCUUCUUUGCGGGAUUCAAUUUUAUACUCAGCGGCCUGUGUUCUUUGACUGCAUGCUCCCUGUAUGCACACAAGAUAACCUCAGAGUUUUUUGACCCCGGGUACAUCGCACAAAAGUAUGAGCUUGGUGCUGCCUUGUUCAUUGGCUGGGGUGGUUCUGCACUGUGUAUUUUAGGAGGGGUGGUGCUUUGCUUCUCUCUGUCCGAUGGGCUCAGCGACAGCUCAAGUCGUUCUGGGAGGGUGUACGGCUACAACAGCGCUCGCAGCGUGGACCACAGACACCCCGUCAACAACAGGAGACCACCACCAGAUUACAGCAAUGCCUCUCAGCAGUUUGACAAGAACGCCUAUGUAUAAGAUGCACUACUGUAUGUACUGUAUAAGAUGCACUGUGACACACUGUAAGUCCGGCCUUCAGAAAGGAAGAGAGAAACUCAAAGUUCGAUUCUGCUGUGACUCCCAUGAGAUUCUGUUCUAUUCAAGAGAGUUUGUUUGUUUUGUAUACAGUUGUUACAAUAAUGAAUUGUCCUAAUAUUACAUUUUAUGAAGUAAUUGCAUCAACAAGCACAUUGAUUGUGAAGACUGCAGAGUAUUGCACCAACCUAUCUUCUUUUUUUAUUUUGAAUUUUUGCUUUUAUUUAUGGAUUUUGUAUAAUAGUAUAAUCUAUAGUAUCAUCUAGCCUGAGGCUUACACCAUGCAAAGCAUGUGGUUGGAUCAAUAAAAUGUGACAUUUGAACAAAGUGAAAUAUUCUGCACAUUUAGCAAAAUGCCUAUAGAUGGCAGUGACAGCAAGGUCCUCUAACUGUUCACAGUUUGCAUGGCACUGCAUUCAAGAUGUGCAAGUGGGAAUUUAUUUUCUAUAUUUUUUUCAUGUAUAUUUUGUACAUAUAAAAUGCAAUAAAGGUCUUGUGAUUCA